AUGAAAGACCGGCUAAGCGAGCUGCGUGAGUCUGCCAGGUUACACAACCAGCAGAUUUCCGAUGGCGAGGAUGAGGAAAACUCACCCCGGGACAUUCUCCUUUAUGAGACUGAUUAUGCCCUGGAAAUUCUUCAUAAAGACAUCCAGAACAUCCGGACAGAAAAUGACCACUUAAAGGAGGAUGUCAAGCGGCUCAGAAAGCAGAACACCCGCUUCCUUACUUCCAUGCGCCGCCUCAGCAGCAUCAAACGAGACGCUAAUUGUAUCGCCAGAGACAUCAAGGCCAGGGGAGAAAGCAUCCACAGGAAACUCCAGAUAAUGAGAGACUUCUGUGAAGAUGCAGUAACAAAAUACGGGGCUAUGUCUGUCAUUGCUAGGGUGGCAAAGAACCACUAUGUUGAUCUCAUGCAUGCCUUUCAGGGAGCUAUGUUUGAGUACAACGAAACAGAGAUGAAGCAACGGGAGAACUGCAAGAUUCGAAUUCAGCGGCAGCUAGAGAUCAUGGGCAAGGAUGUUUCUGGCAACCAGAUUGAGGAGAUGAUUGAGCAAGGCAAGUGGGAUGUUUUCUCUGAGAAUCUCUUGUCGGAUGUUAAGGGGGCUCGCUCAGCCUUGAACGAGUUGGAGACACGCCAUAAGGAGCUGGUGAAGUUAGAAGGUCGCAUUAAGGAAAUUCAUGAGCUUUUCCUGCAGGUGGCCCUGCUAGUGGAAGAACAGGCAGAUACCUUUGAUGUCAUCGAGAUAAAUAUGCAAAAUGUUGAGGACUAUGUAGGAGAAGCUAAAGAACAAGUGAAAAAAGCUUUGGAGUACAGAAGAAAACACCCCCUCAGAACAAUCCUCUGCUGCUGCUUAUCCUGUUGCAAAAGGUGAUCCCCACUGAAGCUAUCGCAGGUCAAUUCUAACGUGUUAAAAAUCAGGCAUUCUUCCCAGUGACUGUUCUGUAAUGACAACCCUUAGAAAUGGAGAGCUGUUCUGCACUUGGUUUUUUUAUCAUUGCCAUUUCCUAAACGUGCUGAGAGCUGUCCUGUUUGAGAGCUCCUAGACAUGUUGAUCAAAUUAUUUUGUUGUUGAAAUGUACUCUGUGGCUGUAACUAGAGGUGAAAGAUCUCUCUAGUGAUACUGGUUUCAGAUGGGCAAGAAAGAGAAAUGAAUGGGGGGGCUGAUAGCCUAGAGAAGAUUAGAAAUUUCAAGAAGUAACUUUUUUGUCAAAGUGAGUCUGUAGGUGGUGCAGCCUUACCGCCUGGGGUGACACAAUACCCCACUGAAUCAGGCGCUUUCCCUUUGAAUUAGUUUGGAGCCUGCUUGUGCAAAUACUUGAACAGACUUCUGUGGUGCUGGUUUGACAAAAUACUAAGUCUCUUAGCUGCCUCAGGACACAGAACUAGUUUCUGUUUCAACUUGAUUCCCACCUGUCAGGAAUCCUAACGAGCG